GCAUUUGCCGGCUGGAGAUCCCCUCCGCAACGGCUUCUUACCCAGAAGGUCAGAGGCAUGGCCGAAGGCGGCGACAAGUCUGACCCAAUUCGUCUCCUGUUCGACAACGACCGCAUUCGUGUAUCUGACUUCCGCUUGGCCCCGGGCGAUUCCUUCUGCGCCCGCCACGACCUGCCAACAGUGCGCUGGCAAGUGGAUCCAGGACGUGCCGACCGUGGUGCCGGCCCCGAAGAUGAUACCGAUAAGAAGGUCUUCUUUGUCGAGGCCGGAAAAGAGUGGCAACUGAGAAACAUCGGCGAGAGCGUGUACAGGCAAGUGAUCUUUGAAAUCAAGCAGCCUGCAAAGCACACAGAG